UCUCCGAGCAACGCAGGGAGCUAAUGGCGGCCCAAACUCUAGACUCCGACCCCGAAAAGAGGCCGAUCAUGGAUGACUGUACGGGCGGAGAUGACCUCGACAAUAUUCUCUCCGAGCAACGCAGAGAGCUCAUGGCGGCCCAAACUCUAGCCUCCGACCUCGAAAUGGCCUUCAAGCUCCAAAUGCAGGAAGCCAUGACCGCCUCUCUCGCCCUCGUACCCUCUUCGAGCUCGCACAACUCUCCAGCUCCGUCGCCGCCUCACGAAUGUUCAUACGACGCCGUCUUGGACAUAGCCGCCGCUCUGAUGCUCGAGGACGUCGAGCGAUUCGCUCAGGAGCGCGAGGACCACGAACGCACGGUAUUGGAAAUGAUGAAGGCGAAAGGCGAUCUCAGCCGUCGGAUUCACGAUCAAAAGUUCGCCGUCGAACUCCGCGACGUGCCCGAGGACUACUGGGCCCAGCACGGCGAGUAUUACGAGCGUCCGUACUGUACGGACGGCGCGUCAUCGUCAAAACCUGCGGUGGUGGUGGAGACUGAGAAUUUGAGGCUGUAUUGCAAGGGUUUGGUGAGCGAGGAGAUGGUUAGGGAUGUCAAGUCCGUGGUGGCCGGGGUGGGUGUCGCGAUCUGCGACCCGAUGGACAAUCUGAUAUUCGAGGCGAGGAAGAAUCUGGAGGCGGUGGUUGACGGCGUCGUGCUGAGCAAUGAGGCGGCGGAGCUCGAGGCCAUCAUUGAAGGGCUUAACAAAGCUCUCACUCUUGACUUGGAAGCUGUGACCUUUUUCUGUGAUGACUACAUGAUUUACCAAUAUGUCACAAACAGAGUGCAACCUGGAAAUAGCAAGGUUGCAACGUUAGUUAAUCAAGUGGCUCUUCUACAGAAAAAAUUUGAAUAUUGCAGCCCUUCUCUUGUGGCUCGUAGCGACAUUAAGUUUGCACUUAAGAUUGCAAGGGAGGCUAUUGUUUCUCAGAUCACCUGGCAGGCAGAAACGAGUGAAGGAAAGAGUUUGAAGGAGACUUGUGUAAUUUGCUUUGAAGAAAUCGAUGUUGCUGAAAUGUUUUCAAUCGAUGGUUGUCUGCAUAGGUAUUGCUUCUCUUGUAUGAAACAACAUGUGGAAGUAAAGUUUCUGAAUGGGAUGGUGGCAGGGUGCCCUCAUGAAGGCUGUAAAACUGAGGUGAAUAUUGAUAGCUGCGCAAAAUUCUUGGCACCUAAGCUAGUUGAGGCUAUUAGCCAAAGAAUCAAGGAAUCUGCUAUUCCUGUUACAGACAAGGUUUAUUGCCCAAAUCCGAAGUGUUCUGCAUUAAUGUCUAACAAUGAGGUCUUAGAAUAUACCAAAACUUCUUUUGUUGGUGCUGAGCAAUCUGGAGCCAGGAGAUGCAAGAAAUGUCUUUACUAUUUUUGUAUCAAUUGCAAGGUUCCUUGGCACUUCAAUAUGAACUGCUAUGACUAUAAGCGAUUAAAUCCCAAUCCCCGCCCAGAAGAUCAAUUGCUGAACUCACUGGCUAAGAAGAAACACUGGCGUCAGUGCACCAAGUGCAGCAAUAUGGUUGAACUCGCAGAAGGUUGUUACCACAUAACUUGCAGAUGUGGAUACGAGUUUUGCUAUACUUGUGGUGCUGAAUGGAAGAACAAGAAAGCAACAUGUAAAUGUAAAAUCUGGGAUGAGCGUAACAUCAUACGUGAACAGCCACAGCGAUGAUCAGGAUUACCAUGACUCUCUCUUGUGAGAUUAUAACUGAAUAUUUGAGCCAAUAGUCAUAGUUGUUGUGCUUUCCACUUUUCCGUUGUUUUGGUUAUUUGGUAUGGAAAAAAGAUUGGUGUAAGAUGAGUGAGAACGGUUUUAGAGGACCAAAAUUGGCGAUGCUAAUCUAAUACAUUGCCCAAUUUUUGUAAAUGUUUGGCAUAUUAUGUUUUCCUCUUGCAUUUAGCGUGCAUCCUCUUUAUGUUUUGAGAUCAA